CUCUCCACAGAUGCUGUCUGACGUGCUGAGAGCUUCCAGCAUUUUCAGUUUCUCAGAGCGAUCUGGUGAUUAUUGGCAUGCUGGUCCACUCUGGACACGGAAAUUGGCCGUGAAGUGCCUUAAUAAACUGUACGGCUCAACUUUUGGAAAAGAGGAUUUUACACACUCUUACGUGUUUGUUUUAUAAUGUCGCCGAGUUCGCUCUUAAAAUCAAAACAGUUUUAAGUACGAUUCACUGGAUUUAUGAAAAGUGGUGCUUGCGUCUUUGCAGUGUAGUUUCUCACCUUCCUGGUGAUGUGAUUUGGCUUCAGAAGGUGGAGCCAACCUCAUGUGUCAUAUCAGCGUGAAACUGACGAGAGCGGAGAAACAACUCGAGUGGGAAUGAGAAAGAUUGACUAAAACAUUUCUCAAAGUUUUCAAACGAUCUAACACUAUUGGUACUUAUUGAAUUUUUUUAAAAAGUACAAGUCAUGGAAACAAAUUCCUAAAAGUGACCCAACGAUACGAACGAAAUCUGGAAAAUAGAAGAUGGACAUUCUGCAGGUGUUGGGCAUAUUGUGGCUGUGGUUUCGAAAUGGUGAAACCUCUCAACCAGUGUGUGCAGGCACGGAAAACAAGCUGAGUUCCCUCUCUGGCCAGGAGCAACAAUACCAGCAGCUACAGAAGAUGUAUACUGACUGUGAAAUAGUGAUGGGCAACUUGGAGAUCACUAACAUUGCUGCCAAUCGAAACCUCACCUUCCUCAAGUCAAUCCGGGAGGUUACUGGCUACCUGCUCGUGGCACUAAAUCAGUUUGAGUAUCUUCCUCUGGAAAAUCUGCGAAUUAUCCGUGGUACAGCACUCUACGAUGACAAGUAUGCACUCUCUGUGAUCCUCAACUACCGGAAAGAUGGAAUUCAAGGGCUGAAGCAGCUUGGCUUUAAACAUCUGACAGAGAUUCUGGUGGGAGGUGUAUAUCUGGAAUCCAACAAGUUUCUGUGCCACGCGCAGUCAAUUGAUUGGGCUGACAUCCUACACAACCCAAAGGAGAGAAUGGACUUCAAUGAGACAAAGCAUGCCAUCAAAGGCUGUUCCCAGUGUCAUCCAUCUUGUAAAGGACAUUGCUGGGGCCCGAGUGAGUUUGACUGUCAGAUCUUGACUAAAUCAGUGUGUGCUCCUCAGUGUAAUGGCCGAUGCUUUGGACAACACAACCCGAGCGAGUGCUGCCACAGCGAGUGUGCUGGGGGCUGCUCCGGCCCCAAAGAUACCAACUGCUUCGCUUGCAAACGCUUCAAUGACAGUAACGCUUGUGUUCCAGUCUGUCCACAACCAUUAAUUUACAACAAGCAGUCCUAUCAGCUGGAGCGCAACCCUGACACCAAGUACAUGUACGGAUCUUUCUGCGUGAAGAGCUGCCCUGCAAACUUCAUCGUGGACCAGAGCUCAUGUGUCCGUAUCUGUCCCAGUGGCAAGACAGAGGUCGAGAAAAACGGGGUAAAGAUGUGUGAGCCGUGUCAUGGCCUGUGCCCUAAAGCAUGCGAAGGCACUGGGGCUGGCAAUCGAUAUCAGACUGUGGAUUCAAAAAACAUCGACAAGUUCAUCAACUGCACCAAGAUCACUGGCAACCUUGAUUUCCUCAUCACGGGGAUCAAGGGGGACCCGUACCACAAAACUGCACGUCUGGAUCCAGAAAAGCUGAAGGUAUUUCAAACUGUUCAGGAGAUAACAGGUUACUUGAAUAUCCAGUCCUGGCCAGAAAGCCUGGAGAAUUUCAGUGUCUUUUCCAAUCUAACUACUAUUGGGGGAAGGACACUUUACAACCGCGGCUUGUCCUUGAUGAUCAUGAAGCUGCAGAAUGUGACGUCUCUUGGGUUUCAAUCACUGAAGGAAAUUGGCGCUGGGAAGGUGUAUGUGGCCUACAAUAAGCAGCUCUGCUACUACAACACACUGAAUUGGACAGUGCUGUAUCGCCUGAAGACUUCCCCCCCUCCCCCCAUCAUCAAGGAAAACAAGCAAGGGAGAAUCUGCCGGGCAGAAAAGAAGGUGUGUGAUCCCUUGUGUUCCAGUGAUGGUUGCUGGGGGCCAGGCCCAAGCCAGUGUUUAUCCUGUGCCUUCUAUAGACGUGGUGGAACCUGUGUGAGAAACUGCCAUUUCCAGGAGGGAGUGCAACGAGAGUACGCUGAGGGCUCCACGUGUAUGCCAUGUCACCCAGAGUGCAAGAAGAUCAAGGGAGGACCCACCUGCAAUGGAACGGGACCUGCUCACUGCUUUCAGUGUGCUCAUUAUAAAGAUGGACCCAACUGUGUGCAGAAGUGUCCUGAAGGAAUCCAGGGAGAGAGAGGUCUCAUCUUCAAAUAUCCAGACAAGAACAAAGAAUGUAAACCGUGCCAUGAGAACUGCACACAGGGGUGUAAGGGUCCUACUGGGCUGGAUUGCUCUCGCUAUCCUUGGAUGGCCCCCAUCAAAGCAUUACACAAUAGACAAAUCCCUCACAUUGUGGCAGGAAUUGUUGGAGGACUGGUGGCUGUGACAAUUGUGGUGCUGCUGGCUGUUGUUUACUGGAGAAGGCAGAUCAUUCGGAAAAAGAGGGCAAUGCGGCGAUACCUGGAGACAGAGCUGUUGGAUCCCCUCGAUCCCACUGCCGACUCACCCAAUCAGGUGAACACACGGAUUCUGAAAGAGACGGAACUGCGCAAAAUAAAGGUCUUGGGGUCUGGAGUAUUUGGAACAGUGUACAAGGGUUUCUGGAUUCCUGAGGGUGAGUCCGUAAAGAUUCCAGUGGCCAUCAAGGUCUUGCAGGAAGGACAUUGCUCUGAGACCUCAAGGACUGUGAACGAGGAUAUGUUGAUGGUGGGCAGCCUGGAUCACCAUCAUGUACUGCGGCUCCUUGGAAUCUGUCCUGGAGCACCACUCCAGAUAGUCACACAGUUCCUGCCACUUGGCUCUCUCCUUGAGUACCUCCACAAAAACAAGGAGACUAUCCAGUCUCAAAUGCUUCUCAACUGGUCUGUUCAGAUCGCCAAGGGUAUGAGAUACCUGGAGGAGAAGAAAAUGAUUCAUCGGAACCUGGCUGCCAGAAACGUACUGGUGAAAUCCUCCAGCCAUGUUCAAAUUACAGACUUUGGUAUCACCAACCUCUUGGCACUGGAUGAAAAGAAGUAUUUCUUCGAUGAAGUUAAGAUGCCCAUUAAAUGGAUGGCACUAGAGAGCAUCCACUUUAGAAGAUACACCCAUCAAAGUGAUGUGUGGAGUUAUGGUGUCACCAUAUGGGAGCUGAUGACGUUUGGCAGUAAACCAUAUGAGGACAUCGCCGUUCGUGAGAUCCCCGGUCUGUUGGAGAAAGGCGAACGCUUACCACAGCCUCAUAUCUGCACCAUUGAUGUUUACAUGGUGAUGGUGAAAUGCUGGAUGAUUGACGAAGACAGUCGUCCUACAUUUAAAGAACUUGGUGCAGAAUUUUCUCGAAUGGCCCGGGAUCCAGAUAGAUAUUUGGUUCUUGAGCGUGAUGAGAGGGCCAAUAAUACAUAUGUUAGCGACCAAAGGGCCCUGCAUGAAUAUGAUGAGGACCUCGUGGAUUAUAAUGAGCUGGAAGAGGAUGUGAUAGGAACCACACUGGAUAACCCACCAUCUGGUGGAGUAAGACUGAGGACUGAAUCGACCAGGAGCAACAGUUUACCUACUGGAUAUAUGCCAAUGAAUGGGAUUGGUCCAGAUGGCUCUCGGCAGACUGGAAUGAAGAAUGGAGACCUGGGAUCAAAGCGCUCACUGAGGAUGCGGAAUGAAUCCACGACUCGGACUAUCUCGGAGUCAUCAGAGGGUCGAGGGACAGCGUCUUCGCUUGAUCUGUACGAAGAGAUUUCUUUGAAUGGAACGCUGCAGCUCUGUGGCCACCGCUCUCGAGACAGCAGUGCACGUUUCUCCAAUGGCACCAACAUGAUGAUCUCCCCAUCUGAUGAAGCAGAGGUGGAUAUUAACGGAUAUGUAAUGCCAGAACAAAAAAACUCUACAGCUGAAAACCUGAAACCUGCUAAUGAUGUAGGUCCCUCAAACACUAAAGCCAGUGAUGUGAACGCUACACAGCUACCCGAGAAUCGGAAAGAAUUGGACUCGAAACCAAGCGAUCACCAGGAAUAUGAGUACAUGAACAAACGAGCCUACCUCAAUGGCUGUGUGAAUGUUGUGCAGAACCCAGAAUACCUGGAUGACAGUAGUGUGUUUGUUACUGAGGGUGACAUUCAUGCUUUUGAUAACCCAGACUACUGGCACAACAGUCUGCCAGCAAAGUCAGAAGUAAAAAGGACAUAGAGCAUCAACUUCACGGUUCAGUCUAGAUAACUGGCAACUCAACAACAAGCAAAGAGUUGAUUUCUGAACUUUGGAAGGGUUGGGGUGUGGCGAGGAUGGGUGACUAGAUUUCAAAAUCAGAAGACUGACAAUCGAACUGGAGAGAUUGAUGUCUUUAUGUGCAUCAUUCAACUUGUGUCAGUCGUGAUAAAUACAUAUUGUAGAAACACACAUGAAUGAAGCACUCUCAUCUCCUGCCCUUAAUGCCCAAUACAAAAGAGGGAGGGGAAGUUUUAAUUUCUUACCUAUUCAACAGAACCUGUUUUGCGUUGUUCCUUCAAAGCAGAAUACAAGAUUCGUUUUGUGUUGUUCCUUCAAAGCAGAAUACAAGAAGAAUCUAGAUCUCUCAAUUGGAAGCAAUCCCUGACCUCGAUAAUAGUCAUCUAUGAUGCUGCACCCUGCAGCACAUGUAGUUUUAGUAUGGACAUGCAAGAUAUUUGGGAAAUGAGGCAGACUAGGCAAAACAGCAAACUUGGAGUGCAAAAACCAUUGUCUUUAUGGACUACAUCUUUGGAAUAUUGAUCCCAAUAGUGUAUUGUUCUAUAGCUGAAGAAUUGCCGCUGGUCACUGCGUUAAUGAACAAGGAAAAGGACUGUCAGCAAUUUAGACAGAGAUCUUAAGUGCGAAGAAUGAAGUAUAAUUUUAUGUCUCCUUCACAAGAUUUGCUCUUGUACAAAACACUUGAAGAUGGACUGGCCUGAGUAGGGAAUGAUAACAAGUUGUUUUUUAAGGCAGCUAAAAGAUUAUGGUAAGAGGUUAAUGUCUAGAACUUGGGCAUCAAUAUUCUUAUUUCUGUAAUUGUCUUCUGAUGUUUUAAAGUAUUCUCAUCUGAAAUAUAAUUUUUUGUUAUCUUUGAUUAUCACUAUCCGCAGAGGAGAGUUAGAAAAAUUUGGCUGAGGCACUACCAUAUGUGGGGUGGGGGAGAGAGAAAUAUCAGGAGGUUGUUCGGGGACAGAGAGGGAUAUAAUCCAUGCCAAAAACUAUGAACAGGGAUGGGAUAGAAAGAAGGAUCUUCUCAACAGCCUCCAGCAGUUUGCUCAACCACCAGUCAGGAUAGUUUCUGACUAAAAUAGACUUGGCCUUUUCAUUUGCCAUAAAAAGCUGGAAGGAGGAGCGUUUUUGCAGGGAAGUUUCAAACAAACAUUAGAAUAAAAUACUCUAAAAGUGAAGAAUGCUAGAAGAGAAGCAAGAUCUGGGACCAUAGAAUCUAGAAGAAAUGGUUCUUUUGCAAGAUUUGCUAAGAUUUAUGGUGCUUUUAGUAAUGAUGAACCAAACAUUAGCCUAACUGACCACAAAAUAAAUGCACGGGUUACUCAGACACCAUUCUAUGGUACAUCAAGAGUGGGCAGAAGUUCAAAUCCGCAUCUUCAGUUGCUUACCUUGAUCUCUAAAAAUGUUAAUAGACUUUUGUAAUUCUAUUGUUCUUUUUGAAGUUCACGUUGGAAAAACUGGAUGUGCUCCUUUUAUUUGAGCACCGUCUAACUCUAUAUAUAAGCCACCAUGGUAUUGUAUUGCACAGUGGCUUCACUACCUCUAUUUCCCCAUCUCAUCAGCAAACAAAACAUCCUUUUGCAAUGAUAACGCAACAAAAUGCCGUGAGAGAACUUCUUUGUUUUUAUCUGUAUAUAAACGUCGAGCCGGGAUACUUGAACAUAAUAAUGUGUGAUCAAUGCUUUGACUAAUAACUCUGAUGGGUGCAAAAAAUCACAUGGCAUUGAUCUGAGGACCUAUUGUUGGUAUUUCAUGAAUUGAGUUCUAUACUGUAUUUUGUUUUCUUGCUUUUCUCAAAUGAAGCAGCAAUGAUGAGCUUAUGAGCCAAAUAAUGUCAGAUUCCUUUUGGUGUUACUUGAUGUAGAUUCCCUGAAAAAUUCAGUGAUCAAAUUUAGUAUAUACCUGUUGGUUUGAUAUAAUUUUUAUAUGUAUUUACAUUUAUCCCUUUUUGUUCAUGCUUUGGGAUAUGGUUUCCUCAGGUAUAUACACUAAUGUUUAUGUGUAAAAGGGGUAAUUAAUUAUGGAAUUCUACAGUUUAUGCUCUUCUUGUCUUGUACCUUGCAUACUUUUACCAGCACAGUUGGAUGUCGGGAAAGACAGGUGUCAGGAAGGGGUUGUCCUCCGACGGAAUAAGUACUGAUAAGCACUGUGUCCUCCUUCACUUGCUAGGUGUCCUUGCUGAGAUCAGCUAACUCAGAUUUAGCUCUUGUGUUUUAGUGUUUUAGCUCAUGACUUAGUGUUUUUACAAAAUGUGCCUUCAUCCAGCAAAGAAACCCCGUUGUUAACCAUUUCUCCUCCCAUCCUUUCCCAAAAGUGCUUACUAUUGGUUGAGGGGUCAAGGGCCAGGUUAACAGGAGCCUGAAUCCCUCAGCAACCCAUUCAUAUCUCUACUUUUCAUGUGUGAGGACAGAUAUAUGGAGUAAUGGGGAGUUGGGGGCUUAUAUGCAAGUCAAGUUAUGUGGCCUAGAAAUUCUUUGCACAAUGCAACAUGCUUGUACAUCAUACUGCAUCAAAGAGUGCAACACCCCAAAUUGCAAGACUGAUUCACCAAAGCAGGUCUUAAAUGGAAGGUUGAGGCAUUCUUCAGCUUUAAGGCCGACCUUACCUAGCUGCAGCUGGAGAGUCUUAAAGUAUCAACCUUCCUCCAGGCUGGUGCCUUUUCUCUGAUAAUGAUUGCUACCUUCCCACCUUGCCCUUGCUGCUAAAGGCCUUGGAGCCUGUCCUCAGCCCAGCAUCUCUCUGAUCAUCAAUCAGUGCACUGAUAUUUCAUACUCUCACAUAAAGAAAAAUUAAUAAAGGGCAACUGGGUCUGUACCCCAAGACGGGCUGGGCCUUCCGAGCAGAAGAAAAUUAGAGAAGGGAAACUAACUUCUUUUUGAAAAGAAUGCAUUUACUUUGUUGCUGCUUGAGUACUGUAACAAGUUUCAGAGGGGUGUUUCAUGUAAAAUUGACCCCAUGAUUACUUCAAACCAAUCAACUGUCUCAUAGUACUCAAAUUCUAAUACCUACAGGACUGACAUACUUUCAUUUUU